UUCGCCACUCGAAAGGCAGCUGGGGAUCUAAGCAGAACUGAGACCGCUUUUCAACGCGACGGAUUGAUAAGAAGUUUCAUUUUUUGCCACAUUUUGGAUCAGUCGCGGUGGAUAAUGAAAACACCGGGGACUGAACACUUAGCAUUUACAUCUUUAUUCCACGUCUGAGGCUUAAAAGUUCCAGCCGUUGUUUGUACAGGCGUCAGUGGACCUGGUCGCGUCUCGAGAUGUUGUGAUAGAUUUGGAUGAGCUUGUGUGGACAUCUGCUUUGUUGUUUCUAACUUGACGUCCUUUGUGUGCACUUGAUGUUCCUUAUGCGUUUGUGGAGGAUUUGAAUUAGCAGCCAUUUAAGCUGUCCUAGAGCCAGCCAGGUUAUCUGGCCGAUCAUCAUUUCAAGUGCACUGCUUGUCAUUGAACUGCUCAGAUGCAACAGUUGCAUGUGCAUUUCUUGCAUUAAGGUGCUCAGACGCCCGGAUCAUCUGCGCUUCCCCUCUGAAUUGAACGCACUUUGUGAUGAGUGGAAUCUGGGCUGUGAGCUCAAGGGGCAUGCAGCCUGUCUAUUGUUGUGCGCACGUGAGGACAUGUCAUUUCCAGCAGCAGCAGCAGCAGCAGCAUCAUGCAUCCUGAUGGCCGAAGCAGCAGCAGCAGCAGCAUCAGCAGCAGCUCGGAUGUCCUCAUGCCCAGCAGCGCCGUGUACCCGUCUCUGGUCGUCGGCAUCGCGGCGGCAGUGCUGGUCUUCCAGCUCGGCUCUGGAGAACUCACUCUCACCUCGUUUUUCCUCAAACUCUUUAUUUAUGUGUCCUUCGCGUUGUUCUGUUUCCUGCUGGGGGGUUUCGGGCUGCUGGUGAAGAAAAGCCCCCUGAAGAUCAGCAGAUUUGACACCACUAGGAGACAGUCAUCGAAGCUCAUGGAUUUAUUCAAUAAGUUAAUGGGCCGGUUCUGUGUUCCUCUGCUGGAUUCAGCCCAGACCAGGAGGGUUGUGGUGUCCCUCAAUGUAGAUAAAGCCCUCAAAGAAGUGUUUGACUACAGCUAUCGGGACUAUAUUCUGUCGUGGUACGUCCCCUUGAGUCGAGAUGAGGGCCAACUGUAUCAGAUGUUGUCUGAGGACUUCUGGGAAAUGACCAAACAGUUGCGAACGCGUUUGUCUGAGGUAGACGUGGUCAACCUUGUCUGUAACGACAUUGUCAAGACCCUUCACACGCACUUCUGUGACCUCAAGGCUGCUAACACAAGGCUGGAGGAAGUACCACGAGCGUUUCCGUUGCAUCCGUGUCUGCGCAGUCCCGAUGAAGAGCUGCGUUUCCUGCGCUGCUGCGCCCGUCUGCUCAUGCUGCGUCUGCUGCCUGCGCGGGACGCUCGUUCACGCAGUCUGCGCCUCUUACUGGUGGAGGUUGUCGCUACUAAAGUGUUAAAGCCAUUGGUGGACGUGUUGAGCGAUCCAGACUACAUUAACCGCAUGCUGCUAGCUCAGUUAGAGCACCGAGAGCAGGUGAACGAACAUCAUAAGAAAGCGUACACAUAUGCGCCGUCCUAUGAGGAGUUCAUCAAACUCAUCAGCAGCAGCUCUGACAUACAGUUCCUCAAACAGCUCAGGUAUCAGAUAGUUGUGGAGAUCAUUCAGGCGACCACCAUCAGCAGCAUCCCACAGCUGAAGAGACAGAAAGACAGUAAAGGGAAAGAGGCCGCCGCGCUGAAGGCCGACCUGUUACGUGCCAGAAACAUGAAGCGUUACAUUAACCAGCUCACAGUGGCAAAGAAGCAGUGCGAGAAGCGGAUCCGGCUCCUCGGGGGUCCUAACUAUGAGCAGCAGGAGGACGGAGCCCAGGAUGAAGGGGACGGUCCACAGAGCCAACGGAUACUUCAGUUUGAGGAGAUCAUGUCAAACGCAGUGUACCGGGAGCAUUUCCGUGUCUACAUGGAGCGCGUGGACAAGAGGGCUCUGAUUAGCUUUUGGGAGCUGGUGGAGAUGCUCAAGAGCGCCAACAAGAAUGAAGUGCCACAGCUGGUUGGAGAGAUCUACCAGAACUUCUUUGUGGAGAGCAGGGAGAUCCCGGUGGAGAAGGCUCUUUAUAAAGAGAUCCAGCAGACGCUGGUGGGGAACAAGGGUACAGACGUGUUCCACAGGAUCCAGGGAGAUGUGUACGAGACCAUGAAGGAGCGCUAUUACCCAUCCUUCCUGGUGAGCGACCUGUACGAGCGGCUCAUUAAACGAGAGGAGCAAAGGAGCAGCUCACACUCCAGCAGCGAGGAGAAAGACGACGCCGGUCCGGUGAUGGAAGGAGGGGACGUGGCCCUGGAUGAAGGCAGCAAAGGCAUCAACGAACAGGCCAGUUACGCCGCAACCAAACUACACCAGCUGUACGAGAGGCUGGAGUACAAACGCCAAGCCCUGGGUUCCAUCCAGAACGCACCACGACCUGAUAAAAAGGCCUCUGAGGAGAAUGGCGAGCAGAUGGCGUGUUACUUUGUAGCAGUGAGUCUUUCUGAAGACGACGACUGCAAGAACAACCGCUGGACCGUCACCAGGAAGCUCAGCGAGUUUCAGGCUUUGCACAGGAAGUUGACGGAGUGUUUUCCGUCACUCAAGAAAGUCCAGCUUCCCUCACUCAGUAAACUGCCAUUCAAAUCAAUCGACCAAAAAUUCCUUGACAAAUCCAAAAACCAACUCAACACGUUUUUACAGAAAGUGUUGACAGAUGAGCGCAUGUGUCAGAGCGAGGCGCUGUAUGCCUUUCUCAGUCCAUCACCAGAGCACCUGAAGGUCAUCGACAUCCAGAAGAAAUCCUCCUUCUCUCUCGCAUCCUUCCUGGAGAGACUGCCGGGAGACUUCUUCUCACACCAGGAGGAUGAAGGUGAGGAUGACAGCGACCUCUCAGACUACGGCGACGAGACGGACGGGAGGAAGGACGCGCUGGCUGAGCCCUGCUUCAUGCUGAUCGGAGAGAUCUUUGAACUCAGGGGCAUGUUUAAGUGGGUGCGGAAGACACUAAUUGCACUGGUUCAGGUCACGUUUGGACGGACUAUAAACAAGCAAAUCAGAGACACUGUAAACUGGAUCUUCAGUGAGCAGAUGUUGGUUUACUACAUUAAUAUAUUCCGGGACACGUUUUGGCCCAGCGGGAAACUCGCACCUCAUAACAAAAGCCGCUCGGAGAGUGAACGCAGAGAAACCAAGGAGAGAGCACAACAGAAGCUUCUAGACAACAUCCCAGAUGCACUUCAGAAUCUCGUGGGGCAGCAGAACGCCAGAUACGGGAUCAUCAGGAUCUUUAAUGCACUUCAGGAGACCAGUGCCAACAGACACCUUCUCUACAUCUUGUUGGAGAUGCUGCUUAAAGAACUCUAUCCCGAGCUGAGCGUGGAGGCCGUACAGGCCUGAACAUCCUCACGUCACAUCAGAGGCUCAGGAUGUGUUUCUCUAAUGUGCUGGAUGGCUGUUUUUGGUGUUAUUUAUUUUUUUUGUUCUGUUGUUUUAUUUCUAAAACACUUGACUGACUCUGUAGUGCUGGAUCUGGGAAGCGUCAUGAAUAUGUUUGUGUUUUAAUCCGUUGAUGUGUUUCUCUCUGGUGAGAUUUGGAGGAACGGACCACAUCCACUGCCAGCUGUCAUCUUCAGCUUUUCUUUCUCUCUUUUGUUUUCUUCUAGGGGGUUUUGCUGUGUAAUGUGAAGAACAGUGGAAUGAGUGUUACACAUCUGUAAAAAGAAGAACCCAGACCUCUGUAAACUCCCUACAUAUUAUUGUGACCAUUAUGAAAGCUUUUAAUCGUGCAAUAUGUCAUGUACAGUUAUUGUGAAGGUUCUGUUUGUGAUAUUAUUAUUAAUAUUGUUAUUAUUAUAGAAUUUUAUUUUUACCAAAAUAGACUAGAGCAUUUAUAAGCAAUAAAAUGCAGAAGAAGAUU